GAUUGUAAUAUUUCAUUCUAUUGCAGUACACGGGGGAGUGGAUAGAACUCGCUAGAUACCCACAGCCAACACAAACUGGUCAGUGUAACCGUGCUAAAUACGAGUUACUUCCUGAUGACACCGUCUCAGUAACAAACCGUCAAGUUGUGAACGAAAGACUUGCAACGAUAUCAGGACAAGCAGUUCUUGCCAGCACAGAUGGAACUGGAAAGCUGCAAGUUACGUUCAAUGUUAAUGGCGAGGAUAGACGGUCAGAUUAUUACGUCCUUGCUACCAACUACGAAAGUUAUGCUCUUGUAUACACGUGCGAUACUUUACAAAAUGGAAACAGACGAGUCGGCAGUUGGGUGCUUAGCAAAACAGGAACACUGAGCUCUGAGGACCAAUCUAACAUUGAUGCAGUCGUAAGCAGGACCCAAGGUCUCCAUAAAGAAUACUAUCAGCCCACACGUCAAGAACCAGACGAUUGUUUCUAUUAUCCAGAGUUUGAUCCAACAUGGGAAUACGUCGAGCUGACUGGAGUUUGUGACACCAGAAUUAAAGGAGUUGCGGAUUUCGAUGCGGAAAAAGUGAAUAUCUUGUUUUUAAUAAAUUACUGUAUUAAGUAACGUAAGAAAAAACACAUACUCGUUGUGUAUCCGUGCUAAAUACGAGUUACUUACUAGUGGCGCCGUCUCCGUAUUGAAUAGUCAAGUUGUUAAUGAAGGACUAGCAACGAUAUCAGGAGAAGCUGUUGUUGCCAGCAAUGAUGGAACAGGAAAGUUGGAAGUUACUUUUAGUAAUGGUAAGUCAUUCCAAAUUUUUAGUUCUUGCAGUUAAAUAUGACGAAUAUGCUCUCGUGUACAGCUGCUCGACUGUAGGAAACGGAAAUCUGUUUGUAGUCGGUAGUUGGGUGCUGAGUAGAACAGGGACUCUGAGAACAACGGCCAAUAAUGCAAUUGAUCAAGUCAUAAACCAAACACAAGGUCUACUUAAAGAGUAUUACCUACCCACAAGUCAAAGUUCUGCAUCGUGCUUCUACUAUCCAAAGUUUGAUGAACCACAGCAAUACAUCGAACUGCCUGGCCCCUGCGAUACCAGCAUCAGAGGUAUUCCGAACUUCAACGUCUCCGCUGUAAGUAACUUAUCUUCUAUCUAUACCCACAGCCGACGCAGGCUGGACAGUGUAACCGUGCUAGUUAUACCCCAAUUGCUGGAGGCGUCGUUUCUGUGAUGAACAGCCAAAUUAUAAACGGAGAAAUGACCACGAUAGAAGGAACAGCCGUUGUCGCACGCGAUGAUGGAACUGGGGAGUUCAAAGUUUCUUUUAAUGUCAAUAAAGAGAUCAGGCGAUCUAACUACUACGUAUUGUCAACGGACUACCUUAGUUAUGCACUUGUCUACAGCUGCGUCAAUGUAGACAACGGAAACAAACGACGAGUUGGCAGCUGGAAACUAAGUAGAACCGGAACACUGAGUGCUCAAGACAAUGCUGCUAUUGAUGCAGUGGUUAGCAGAACUCAAGGUCUCCAUGAAGACUAUUACCAAACCACGGAACAAAGUGUUGAAACGUGUUUCCAAUAUCCCAACAUUGCUUUAAAUGAUGAUAUUAUCAUACCUGGCCAGUGUGACCAGACCAUUUCUGGAAUUCCACAUUUCGAUGAGAAUCAGUUCCAAGGAAACUGGUACCAGAUUAAAAGAUACGAUCCUGUAACAACCACUUGUGUUGGUGGGAGAUUUACUCCAGAAUCCGACAGUAUCAACAUUAUUUCAUACGAAGUGGUCAAUGGAGAGUUAUCGAUUACGGAAGGAACAGGCAGAAUCAAUUCAACUGAUAACUCCGGUCAAAUAACUAUAACUUUGCCAGUUGCGGGCUCAGAAGAAAGUGCUGAUACCAUAGUCUAUAUACUGGCUACAGACUACACCAGUUACGCAUUAGCAUACAGUUGCACCAACGUAAACCCCUUUCAACGACAAAUUCGUGCUUGGCAGCUGAGUCGUGAAAGGACUAUGUCACCUUGUGGAGAGGCAGUCAUCGCAUGCCUGAUACAACAAAGACAAGAGCUCCAUGAACCGUAUUUCAGAACAGUUGAACAAAAUGAUAACUGUCUACAACCCAGUUCAGCAUUUUUAUUCAAAAGCAGUAUUGUUGUGCUCUGUGUAUGCGCCAUAUUUGAAUUAUUGUUGUAA